AUGGUAUCAUGCGGUGAGGAGAAUGGAGUUCUAAUGCUCUACUCGCGAUCCGACUCCGACUUGGAAAAUGGUCAUGUCGAGGAACCUCGCUAUCCACUAGCAUCGGUGAUGAUCAUGUGCUCGGUCCUCCGACAGAGCGUUGAAGCAUAUCCUGCACCCGGCAAGGAUAGCGCGGUCGUCCAUCGUUUCGGACAUGGUGGGGGUGGUGGUGGUCGUAGGGGUGGUUUCGCGGCACGUCGAGAAAAGUGCAGUGUAUCUCUCCAAGACUUUCAACUUCGCGAGCGCACGGCGAGUCUGCUAGGAGGAGAUGUCGGAGGAGGAGAUGUCGGAGGAGGAGGUGUCGGAGGAGGAGCCGAAGCUGGACUGGGCGGUUCGCGAAAGAGCAACGAGCCGGUGCAUACGUCCGGCGAAAGCGUGAGGGCACAGCCUGGUUUUGCGUGUGCGAGGCCUUUUUGUCCGAUGGGCCCACAUCCACAGGAUGGGCGGCCUCAAUUGAGCGACUCUCAGACCGUGCAGUUGGUGUACGGCCUUGGGAAGGGGCAUGCUAGAGCUGCGGCGCAGGUGAGCGUCUGCGCCAAACGUCUUUAUCGCGCUGGCCGGCGUGAGACGGGCCUGGGUCUAGGUCUGCCCUCGGCCAAGUCGGUUGAGGCGUAG